GCGUGUGUGAUAUGCCGGCGUCCCUCUCCCUGCUGCGGCACGAUACGUUGGUCCUUUAAAACUAACCCUCCACCUCGCGCCCCGGGGGUCCGCCGCUCGAGCACGCCGUGGUCAUCGUCGUCGUUGUCGUCGUUGUCGUUGUCGUCGUCGUCGUUGUUCGCUACUAUGCGCAUCACGCAUUAACAGCGUAUAACGCCGUUAGCAAGGUGAGCCGGACGCUGUCUCUCUCUGCACCAUGUAUGCGCUGCAAAUGCAGACUGCUUGCCAGGGCGAGGGCAAUGGUGAGCCCGAUGACCCCAGCAGCCUUCAUCAGGAACCAGUACGACCUGCCACUCAAGAUUGCAGCUCUUUCGAUAUUGUCAGAGCUACGCAGUAUGGAGCGUUAGAUCGAGUGACACAACUGGUGGAAGCUGGCGCCGAUGUGAAUCAGCCUGAUUCAGAAACUGUGACGCUAUUACAUUGGGCUGCUAUAAACAAUCGCAAAGAUAUUGUAAAGUAUCUCAUUGCGAAAGGAGCCGUAGUUGAUGCUAUCGGUGGUGAAUUGGCAUCUACACCUUUGCAUUGGGCUACAAGACAGGGCCAUCUCUCUACGGUCGUGAUAUUGAUGAGAGCAGGUGCUGAUCCGACUUUGAGGGAUUCUGAAGGUUUUUCUUGCAUACAUUUGGCGGCGCAAUUCGGCCACACGGCUAUUGUGGCUUAUCUAGUGGCAAAAGGUGUAAAUCCAAAUAUGCCAGAUAGAAGCGCCAUGACGCCUCUUAUGUGGAGCGCUUAUAAAGUUAAUAGUCUGGAUCCAACGCGACUAUUAUUAACUUUAGGAGCAUCACAUUCACUUACCGAUAAUCUGCACGGUAACACGGCUCUACAUUGGGCUAUUAUAGCGAAAAACAAUACAGCAAUAUCUACUCUUGUGCAGCAUGGAGCCUCGUUAGACUUGCCCAAUUUCCAAAAUGAGACGCCAAUGACGCUGUUAGGUCCUCACAUUGGUGCAGCAUGGUUAGGACACAAAAUCAGUCAAGAGAUUAAGGAAAAGCAAGGUCGUACGAGAACAUGGUGUAGAGAUAAGAGAAUCCGUUGGUACUGCAUGGUCAGUACACCAUUUAUAGCAUUUUAUGUGAUCGGUAUGGUUUUACAGAGCGGAUGGGAUUAUUUAUUAAAACUAGGUGCCUUCAUCACCCUUUAUGUAACAGUAUAUGUAAUGAACCAUUUCGUGUUCGACGAACGGCUGUUUCACAUUUUGCCAAUGUCGAUUUAUUUGGCAACCAAGAUGUGGAUAUACGUCACAUGGAUAUUUUGGCUAGGUAUUCACGCAGCGUGGUAUUUAUGGCUGUUGUUAGUUGGCGGAUCUGUUCCUCUUUGGAUAUGUUUCCUACAAUCUUGGCGGGGUGAUCCCGGAAUUAUCACAGCUACUCAUGAGGAUAAAUUAAAUACGAUAAUCGAAUUGGCUGAGUCAGGUGGUUUCGAGCCACAAUGGUUUUGCAGUAGUUGUUUAGUCAGAAGACCUAUGAGAUCUAAACAUUGUUCUACAUGUGACCGUUGUGUAGCACGAUUCGAUCAUCAUUGUCCAUGGGUUAAUAAUUGCAUUGGUGCACAUAAUCACAAGUAUUUUCUUGGAUUCUUGGCUUCUUUGUUAGGCCUGUGCAUUGUUAUUUUAUCCGCCAGUGUACAAUAUUGGCAAUUUGAAUGUUGGUCAAAUUUAACAAAUGGUCAUAGCGCAGACAAUUAUCUGGUAGCCGCAGCUACCUGCGACGCUUGGGUGAUGUGGGUAGCAGCCAAUACGUCCCUUCAU